AGAGAGAGAGAGAGAGAGAGAUACAAAAUCACUUGAUCUUUCUCUCAGAUGAAUUAUAAAAGACGUAAAAUGGUGUUAAAGGGAUAAGUUGAGUGAGCUGAUAGAACGACGUGUGAGAAGAAGAAAAAUAACAACGAUUAACAAAUACCCAAAAAACAAAUACAAUCAGCUUUGAACUAAGAGCAUGAAGACAAAGUGAGAGAAGACAGUAGAACAAGGAGGAGGAAGAGGGAGAGGAAACUUGAGAGGACUCGGAUAACCACAGCGUCCACUCUCAUUAUCCUCAGCUUGACCUUAUGAGUACAUAGAACAAAACGGCCACGAGGCAACCCGCUAUCCUCUCCCGCAUCGCCAUCACUGGACGAACACGUGAGGAACCCAAUAAAACCCCGACACGUGACGAGAGUAGCUUAAUUGAUCCUCAGACCCUUAAAUUCUUCAGUAAACACCAGGACUGCUAUGAGUGCGUACGUGCCUUUAGAACUGACCAGACCGAGUGAAAUGUACUCCAACACCACUUUUCCUGACCUCACACCUGCCUCAGCCUCCUUCCCACCUAUGGAUCUCCUGCCUUUGUACUUCCCAACCGAGGACGUCUCUUCAUCGCCUCCGUCAGCGUCUCCUAGUUCUCUGCUCCUCGCGUCUGGGGAUAAAUGUUUGGACAAUGAUACUCAGGGACUUAAUGAUUCCUCCUCGCCUGUCGCUGUGGCUCCUCCGCCGCUGAAGCCCCUUGUCAGCCCCCUCGUCGCGGCGUACCUCAUUUUCGUGGUGGUGGUGUCAGUGGUGGCCAACGCCCUGGUGGUGGUGGUGAGGGCCUGCGGUAGGAGGAGGCGCCUUCGGAGCUCCCACGUCUGUACUUUGAGUCUUGCGGUGUCCGAUGUGGCCUUCAGUCUGCUGGUUCACACCCUCAUGAUCUUAGCGGCUCUUGGGGUGGAUCCUAUGCUACUUUUCAAUGAGCCAGGUUGCAACUACUACGGUUUCUGCGCCAUGUUCUUCGGCACGUUCUCUAUGUGUAUCCACGCCAGCGUCAGCAUCAUCCGCUACGUGAACAUAUGUCAUCCGGAACGAGUGGAAUGGCUGAAGGUGAAAUACGUGUACUCUCUCAUUAGCUUCAGCGCUGUGUACUCCGCGAUCUGGGCCCUUGGUCCUCUCCUUCAGUGGGGUCGCUAUGAGACCUUCGAGUUUGGCUGCACCUUAGCUUUCUCCGAUCCCACUCAGAGCAGCAAGUCCUUUGUUACCUGUGCUUUCAUCUUCGUGCUUCUCUUGCCGCUUGCCAUCGUCGUCGUCUGUUACUCCCUCAUCGUUCUGCAAGCUCACAAGUUCAAGCGGGAGAUGAACAGGAUCAAGUGCACGGGGAAGGUACUGGCCAGCAUCCCAGCAGCGGGGGAGAGGAAGGAAAGCACCGUGGACUCCCUCAGAAAGACCCAGCGAUCAUUCAGGCUCCAUAACAGACUUGUGCGGAUUUCCAUGGUGGUGGCAGCUGGCUAUGUCUUCGGCUGGCUUCCCUACGCGCUGGUCUGCAUGUGGGCUGCCUAUGGCGACUACAAUAACAUUCCCGUAGAGAUCCGCGUCGGUGCCUCCCUCAUCUGCAAGUCCACCACUGCCUACAAUCCCUUCAUCUAUUACUUCAUGAGUGAAGGCUUCAGAGCAGACCUUCGAUACCUCGGGCGACGGACUGGCUUCACGAGCAGAGCGCCCUCUAUCAACACCGGCCAGGCUUCCUAUCUCAGCUCCACCAGAAGCAGCGUGAGGAAGUGGCGAGACAGGCCGCGUGAAAACUCGUGCCUGCUGGCCAGCCGCCGGGAGAACACCUCAUGCACACUGGAGACUGUGGCCACACCCGGUUCCAUCCUCCCCUCCCCGGACACCACCGAUGAGCCGCUGGUCGAUCACACCACCAUCGCUAGGAGGACCAGCAGCUGCCUCCCGCUGUCCACUUCCAGCCUCCAGCAGCAGUACGCCACUGUGGAGAGGCGCCUGCGCACGCCGCUCUCCUCUGCAGUGCUACUUUCCAACCAUGAGUUAAUGAACAACGGCCUCGGUCGAGCGCUGCGUUACGGCACAAAAUUCCCAUGCAGGAGAUCCGUGUCCUUCUCGGCGGCGGCGGUGACGGAGGAGUCGUGCAGUGGGGAUAACAGCACGCCCGUGACAGUGUUGAGUGACAGGAGAGGCGUGAAGGCUUUCCGCUCCAUGUCCUUCUACGAGUUCAGGGACCAGAGGAAGCUGACGGCGACGCAGCUGGACAGGCUUUCCAAGAGGUGUCUGUACAUGAACACUCGAGUCUAGCCGCGGGGUGAGGCGAUGGUUAGUACUGAGCGUCGACCAAACAGGAAGGUUAACGUGUGUUGGAUUGAGGAAGACAAGGCGAGGAAGUCUCUCCCCGCGUGAAGCACCACCAACAAAAACACGCCGCCAUGUGACAUUCCUCGCAGCACCUUGAAUCACACUACACUAAUUAGCAACAACAAUAACAAUAGCAACAUCACCAAUAAACUUAUACAAGGAAGUCUCUCCCCCGUGAAGCAACAACAACAACAACAACAACAAUAAAGCAUGAUGUGACUUGUUGCGGCGCCUCCUCUCACCACAACAAUUAGCAACAAGAACAUCAAGAACAUCAGCAACAAGUCCAAGAGAAAUGCGACGAAUUAUGAAGCCCUUGAACCACAGGAAGCGAUGUUAAGUGCUCAUCCUCACUUUUAAUCACCACAGCUGCGCCUCUCUCUUCCCCUCCCUCGCCCUCACGCCUUGACUACUCCCAAAAUAAGAAAAAUAUGUUAUGUAGGCCUCGUUGAUAAGUUUUCUCUGUGUAUUUAGACCCUAAGUAGCAUAACAUUCACUUGGAAACACUUUUGGUUAAUGAUAGAAGCGUGUUUGUAGCGGCGUCAAUCACAAAGCACUUUAAAAAUCAGUGGGCCGCUUGUACCCACCAUGAGUCACCGUGUGGCGAGGUGGAGGAAGGAGUACAGGAAGCCCUAUCAUGGAGGUGUGUUUGCCAAGCGUGUUAGUGG